AAGACGUGCAGUUCGUCCUGUCUAGACCUGCCCGUGCUAACUCUUACUUCCAUCUCCAAUUCUCAUCACAGUGACAAUUGCUGUCUUAAGUGUCACUGAUCUAACAACAUAUCCUGCAGCAGAUUGACACUCGUUCACAAGCAGGCAUCACAUAUCUAUCUUUUCAACUGAGUGGAUCUACUGCAGAAAUAGCCCCCGUCGCCGAGCGUCACAACAAGCCACAACAACGUCGCCGAUUCCGCAACGAUGCUCUUCUCGGCCGCCACAACAGCCAUUGCGCUUCUAGCGUCAACAGUUGCAGCGGUUCCAGCCUCGCUCACAAUUAUGGCUGAUAAUCCCAACCUGGAGAUCAGCCAACUGGUAGUCAGCAGCUCUGCCACAGGGAAUACAUUAUUGCAAUUCAACGUAAAGAACCCAGAGCCGCUGGCGGCAAAGGGCACUGCAGUGUGCAGAGGAGAAUGGGACUCGGUCAAGAAGGACUGGCCAAUCAGUGGGAAGGCCCUUCGAUGUGACAAGUCACAAUCUGUCACCUGGUACAUUGACAGCUGGACGGACGCUACGAACUUCGUUAUCGCCAUUCAGGAUCGAUUUAAGGACCACAGUAUCGGUGAGCCUCCUUACGAUCGAAUGACAACCUUCAGCAAGGCCACCAUUAAUGCAUCUGUGGUGUCCUACGACAAUCAAGAUGAGAAGCCAGACGCAUCUCAGGGCACAACCUCGGGCACGAACGCGGCAGGCACGAAAGCAGGCACAGGGACAGGAACAGGCACAGGCACAAACGCAGGCGCUGGCGCCACCGCAAACGCACCCGUGGACACGCAAGCCAAAGGAAGCUCCGAUUCAGUGUCCGGAACCCAGAUGCCAGACACCAUAAUAUACGCAGCCGUGUACGCCGUCUCUGCUUGAUCACUUAAUGGACGAGAUGAUUGACCACCAUCCCAAUCAACAAUCCGGAGCCCCAAUUGAAUCUGCCCAGAAUUCCAUAUUCGGACAUAUGGUUUCCCUUUCAAGCUUCCAUGACAGGGAUGACCAAGCCCAGAACUGGCGAUUGCGAGGCUCCCUUGUAUUUGUAUGUUCAGGACGGAUCUGCGAACGGUUUGCGAACGACAUGGACUCUGGCACAAUUGAGCAGAUGAUGCAAGAUUGGAUUACGAGCGCGGAUCGAUAUUUUGAAUUGAUGCGAACACGACAGAAGAAUCAUGUUUGACGGGCUACCCGUGUUUUCGAAGAAGCCUAUGAUAUAGCGAUGUAUUGACUAACACUUAAAUCCUAGGCGAGUUAAACUAGACUUCGUUGCAUCUCCUCGCCUGUGACCCACGCCUGUGCCGUGCCACUCUUGUGCGGCAAGUCCGUUCUUUCGCUUGUUCGUGAACACCUUCUUUCCCAGAGAAGCACGUCGAUGCGUGGCGUGGUAGUCGCAAGACAAAUCUCUCUCCUGCCUAGCAGUGGCGAAGCCCGAGCCCUGCCAAGCCAGGUCACAUGUCCACGUUCCGGCGUCGUGACUCACACUUCACUCCAAGAAAUCCCAACAACGAAAGUUCCUUUCCCAGCGACUUU